AUGAAUGGAACUCCAGACGAAGAGACUGGAUUGAAUCUUAUCGAAGACUUCGAAAGACGAGAUAACAUUACAACUACCAUUAAUGUCAACAGCAAGAUAUACACUGCUAAGGCGUUUUUUUCAUGUAGACUUGAGUAUAAGGAUCUUUCGGAACAUUUGCAAAAUUUAUUGGAUGGAAUUGAAUUGGAGUUGAUGCAAGCGAGUGCAAACGUUCAAACAAAAGGAAUAAUUGAAUUCCUAUUGUCACAAAAGAGAACAUUUUUUGAUCAGCUCGUCAAGGAACAUCACAAUCUCUCGAUAAAAAGAAGAACUUGUGCUGCGACCAAGAUUGUAGAGUUUUUUGAAGAUUUGAAAUCUUCUGAACAUUAUCGGAUCCUAUUGAUGAAAAUAAACUCGGACAACAUGACUUUCAUCGACAAGAAUCAAAUAAGUGUGGUCCGCGCCUUUCGCGCCGGACAGCUUGGAAGCUCUACAUUAGAGAAUAAAAUCGCGCAUUUCACGAUAGAAUUGAGAGGACAUGACGCAGAGCUCUAUCAGCUCUGUAAGAAGCUUUUCCAGGAAUUCGAUUCUAUUCUUUCAAUUAAUUUGAACGGGAUUAUGGCCAAGCAUCGCAAAACUUACGAGUUUAUGUUGGAGAAUGUACGGCACACUAGAAUCAAACGAUUGGCCGAGACAAGUACUCUCAUCCCCACGACUGGAAUCUGGAAAUUCACGACAAUUUCGUGCUUGUUCAACUUGUUUGUAUUCGAGCCGUAUGUGGUCUAUAAAGCGUUGACUAUUUUGUAUUACCUUACUGCUACAGUCAAUGGUGCACAAAAGUUUAUCCCUGGUGCUAUCUCAUGGCUUCACUAUACCAGGCAUUUAUCCCGGUGCCAUCAGGCACAUUUAUGUCUAAAGAAGGCCCUAAUUCUAGCUGAGCCGUACUCCAAGAACAAGGCGUUCCCUGGUUUCAAUGUUGAGUUUUAUCUGUCUGAGGCAUUGUACAAACAACAUGAGCUGCUCAAAUUACCCAUGAAGCUCUUGAAUGAAUUAUCUGAGUCAGAUUUGAACAAAUAUGAUGAAGGUUUGGCCGCUUAUCUUUCUCAACAAGAGUUCGCGCUUGCCAGUAUCCAAAACGAAUCUGAUGUGCUUACAGGUCUUUCCGCUGAAAUUAAGAACCAAAUCAUUGAGGCAAUGGGUUCGAGCAGCAAAUCUUGGAGUAUGCCAGUCCGGAAUCUUGAUCUAUGCGUCAAACCUUAUGAACAAGCCAUUCAGCAUGAAAUUAAUAUGCUAUGCUUACUGAAAAGGAAAUUUGACAGUAUUGAUUUCUCAGCAGAUGGUAUGCGAAAUCAUGAAUUCCGUCGUCACCUCGAAUCUGUGCAUCAACGAAACAGCGGGGUGAUCGCGCAAUUGCUGAGAUUCAAAAUGGACUUGAUACAUCAGCACGAUGCUACCUCAUUUGACUUAUGCCAUCAGUACUAUUCACAGUCUAUUCGGGGUCGAUUUGCAGGUAUCAUGGCUUUUUCUUCGGAAUUAGUUAUGACGUUGUUUCCAGUCUUCACGAAGGUGUUACGCAAUUCGAACAAGCUCAAAAAGAUGCUGCCCCCGCUUAAUGAUACGGACUCCCUUAACUUGAAGAUCUCCAAAGGAUCUGCCUUCGUUUUUUCUUGGCUGAAUGUUUUAUUCUUAGGACUAUUCGCCCUUUUUUUUAUCUUUGAUAAGGGGAUGCAGAUAUACCACUCUGUUGUUGGAUAA